GAGAUGUGGACCUCGCCUUUCAAAUGAAGCUGCUGAGAAGUUAAAAAAUUACUACCUGUUUAUGCGUAGCAGUAGCAAAGAGCAUCAAGGUGUAGAAAAGAAGUCAAAUAUUCCUAUCACUGUGAGACAAUUGGAGGCCAUUAUUCGAAUAUCUGAAUCAUUAGCAAAAAUGGAACUUCAGCCUUUUGCUACUGAUAGACAUGUUGAUGAAGCAAUGCGUUUAUUUCAAGUAUCAACUCUUGAUGCUGCUCAUUCAGGUGACCUUGCUGGUGCAGAAGGUUUUACUACAGAAGAGGAACACCAGAUGCUUCUGCGGAUAGAAAAACAAUUAAAAAAACGUUUUGCUAUUGGUUCACAAGUUUCAGAGUUCAGUAUUGUGCAAGACUUUUUGAAACAGAAAUAUCCAGAAAGAGCUAUUUACAAAGUAUUGUACCUGAUGAUUAGAAGAGGAGAACUUCAACAUCGUAUGCAAAGAAAAAUGUUAUACAGGAUUAAAUGAUCGAAAGUCUGGGGAAUUAUCUAAUAAGAUUUUGUAUCUAUAUGAUUUUUAACUUCAAUAUUUUGUAUUAAUUUCAGUUUUUUAUAAAUAUUUGUUUUUCCUUGUG